GGCUUUUAAAUACGUCGAUCCCACCUGGGACACCAGAAGAGGUACAGACAGAGACAAAAGUGUGACCCGACAAGCAAGGCCAGAGGUUCCAGGCCGUGACUAUCUGUGCCAGUUUUUUGAAUUUCCCGGCUGACUGGUUUAGUGUCAAGAUGGCGGCGGUCAUACCGGCUGUUACCAAACUGUCGUCCCGGAUUAUCCGGGUUCUGGGCUGCAACCCCGGAAUCAUGACCCUACAAGGGACGAAUACUUACAUCGUGGGAACGGGGAAGAGGCGCAUCCUCAUCGACACCGGCGACUCCGACGUCCCCCAAUACAUCAACCACCUCAAGAGCGUCCUCAAGCACGAGGACAUCGACCUGGCGCACAUCUUCAUCUCCCACUGGCACCACGACCACUUCGGGGGCCUCCUCGACGUGCUCGACCUCCGGGACAAAACAAAGUACGCUCAAGUUUGGAAGUACCCUCGCACCGAAGGCGACGACAUCCCCGACGGCGCCCCCGUUGAGUUCUUGAAAGACGGCCAGGAGUUCUUCGUCGAGGGCGCCACCCUCCGCGUCAUCCACACCCCCGGCCACACCACCGACCACAUCGUCCUCCACCUGGUCGAAGAAAACGCAGUAUUCAGCGGCGACUGCAUCCUGGGCGAGGGGACGGCGGUGUUCGAGGAUCUGCACGACUACAUGAACUCGCUGCAGGAGAUUUCGAACAUCGAGCCGGCGGUGGUAUACCCCGGUCACGGCAAUGUCGUUCAUAGUCCCAAAGAUAAGAUCGAGUUUUAUAUUCACCAUAGGAACGAGAGGGAGCAGCAGAUCUUGAAUAUUUUGAUUAAUAAUAGGCAGAAGCAGUUCGACGAGCAGGAAUUGGUGAGGAUGAUUUAUAAGGAUACGCCGCAGAAGCUGCUGAAGGCUGCCGAGAAUAAUGUGAAUCAUCAUUUGAUUAAGUUGCUCAAAGAUAAUAGAGUGUCGCAGUUUAAUAACCUUUGGCAAUAUAAUGAUAGUUGUAAGACGAUUUAAUGGGUAGGGAGAUUCGUUGAACUGCAAGGCUGUAAGCAAAGCAUCGCAAUGUAUUAUCGCAAUGUUUUGUAUUGUAAUUUGAUUUGUAGGUUAGGUUUCGACGUGCGUGCUAAGUGUUAAGAGUGAGAAUGUAUUAUAUUUUUAAGGAGAUUAUUUUAUUUAAUUAGUAUUGUAAAUAAAAUUAAAUUAAAGUUU